AUAAGUGAGCGCAAAAUGACAUCCGCAGUUGUCGCAUUUCUCUUAUUGGAAGAAGAAAGUUCCGAGAAAGUUAAAAGAAAAAUUUUGAGAGAUUGCAGCAAUCCACUUGAGCUGCCUGAGACAGCUUUCAUAGCAUAUUAUCGCCUAAACAAAGAGGCUUUCCGAAUGGUGCUUGACACCACUGAAGGGCACUUGACACGUUCGAAAGUUCCACCAGUGCUGCAGUUAGCACCUUCGUUGCGAUUUUUAGCUGAAGGAUCCUAUCAAAGAUCAGUCGGGAACGACUCUAGCAUAAGUGUAGCUAGAAGCACGGUGUCAACGAUUUUAGAUGAUGUGCUUAAGGUUAUGGAGCGGUUCAUUUGCCCUCAGUGGGUGAAACUAGAAAUGGACGGCACCGAAAAACGCAGAUCAAGAGACUAUUUUUUUCUUAAAGUACAAAAUUCCCUCAAUAAUUGGUUGCAUCGACGGGACACACAUAAAAAUCAUCAAGCCGAGUAUUGA